GCAAGGGUCAGGCAGUGAGUGGUCAGUACCGUAUGCUGGCCAAGAACGGCGGCUACGUCUGGGUGGAGACUCAGGGAACCGUCAUUUACAACAGCCGUAACUCUCAAGCUCAGUGCAUCAUGUGCAUCAACUACGUCCUGAGUGACGUGGAGGAGAAGUCAGUCAUUUUCUCCUUGGAGCAGACAGAGGCACUGUUCAAGCCGCCAAAUAUGAGCAGCUUCUUCACCACUGAAGGAGCCAGCAAGAACGCAGAAUCAGGAGCUUCUCUCUACAAGAAGUUCAAGACAGAGCCGGAAGAUUUGGCUCAACUGGCUCCGACUCCUGGAGACACCAUCAUCUCCCUCGACUUUGGUUGCACUGAGUUUGAGGAGUCCCAGCAGCCAGCGUCUUUCACCCCAGUGUCUUCUUCGCCCAUGCCCCCUCCUUUAUGUUGGACAAUCGAGAGCCAAAAGCCGGCUCCUGUGGCCACAGCUCAGACCCUGGCUCCAGAUCCUGGGGACGCACCUAACAGAGCUGGGGCAUUCACUGUGCAGCAGAAACCUCCACCGGGCAGCGCCACCCCGAGCCUCAGCAGCUGCUCCACGCCCAGCAGCCCAGGUGAUUACUACAGUUCAGUGGAGAGUGACCUGAGGGUGGAGCUCACUGAGAAGCUGUUUGCUCUGGAGACUGAGGGAAAUGACAGCACUGCACACACAGAGGAGGAUUUGAGUGACUUGGAUUUGGAGACUCUGGCUCCUUACAUCCCGAUGGACGGAGAGGACUUCCAACUCAAUCCGAUCAUUUCGGAGUCGGAGCCCCUGAAAGCGGCUCAAGUGGGGUCCCUAGGUAGUCUGAGCAACCUCAACAUUCACCAGAGCUGCAACAAUGUAGCCAGCCUCUUCCAGCCACUCACCGGCCCCCCUCAGCCUCAGAACCGCUACCAGCCGCAACCGCAAGCAUCCUGGGCCACGGGUGGGAGGAGAAGCUCCAACCCGGGCGCCAUGGAAAUGCGACAGAGGUUGUGCAUGAUGCCCCCGAUACGGAACCCCCCUUUCCAAGGCCUGGCUGGCACACCGUUGUCUUCCAUGCAGUGGCCUCCGGACCCAAUAAUAACCUACCAACAGCGGCAACGUCCGCCAAAGGCCUGUCUGAUUGACGACAUGUCGGGCGAAGAGCACCCGUCCUGCCAGCAGAACACAUCACAUCUAGUGCACAAACAGAGGUCCAUUGAUAAUUUUGUGCAAGCCUACAAAGAACUGGAUCCAGCAAGAGUGGCCAUGAAUAACAGCAUCAAGCGUACCUUCAACCAGAUGGCACUGGGUGAAAGAAAGCUGACUGAUGCCAUAUGGAAGAAGAUGAGGGGCGAUGGCUGCAUGGACCGCUCCCUCAGUGUGGGGUCACUCACAGAGUCGGCGACGAUGGGCCGGAUGAUUCCAGGCAUCGGGCCCCCAUUCCCCGCCUCGCUGCAACAACACAGGACGUCACGGUAUCCAGGGGACGGGAUUAGUGGGCCAAACGAUAAACCCUUUUCCAGAAAGAGUUGCAGCUACACGGAGUAUAACCUGAUUUCUUCAGGCAUAGCAAGUCGUUUGCUGGGUCCUUCGUUUGAGCCCUCCUGCUUGCCGCAGCUGACCCGCUAUGACUGCGAGGUCAACGUCCCACUGCAGGGCAACCUCCACCUCCUCCAGGGCUGUGACCUGCUGCGAGCCCUGGACCAGAGCACCUAAAGCCCGCUGCCUUUCACCGACUCAAACCCACUUUAGAGCCUGAAUAUCACCCCUGAGCCUCAGCCCGCAGUCUGUUACUUCUGCCUGUUCUCUGCCUCUAAACCUCUUGGGGCCGACUUCAGAGCCCUGAGACGAAGCUACUUGUAGAGCACAGUAUCCAUGACCACAUCCUGCCUUACUCAGCCCCACACUCUUCUUCCUGCCCUGCCUCUAGUUCUCAGCAUAAACUAAAGCAUGCAGUAUAAUACCAGGCUCAAGCUACAUUUAUGUUUUUUUCACCCUAAAAUACUGCGGUAUAAACCAGGUGCAGGUUGAGUGGAAGAGUAACCAACCAACAUCAAACAGGUCAGCAUGGAGAGGAGAAAAAGGUCAAUGCUGGUAUUUAACAGAUUAUAUCAUGUUGCUCUCACUUGUGUUAUGUAUUAAACUUUUGUCAGGAUGUCUGGAGCUGCAGCUGCAGUCCCAGGCCUUGUAGCUUUGAGGAGAACAUAUUCUACCUACCCAUCAGCACACACAUUGUGCUCUUUUGUUGUUUUUGUUUACCAACUUUAGCCUUUCUCAUCAGCUCGCAUCAUCUUCGACCUGAGGCAUCGUAACACAAACUGGUCACAGCAUUAGACCUACUUUAUAUUUUUUACUUUAGCCUUCAUCGGUCUGUACUGACAUGAUUCCUUCUGCUUUUAUUAACCAAACUGAAUUGAUGCAACACUGCUGUAUUAAGACUAGCCUUCUCGUGUAUUUUGGGUCCUUACUCAGUCAGCUAGUAGAUUCUUCUGUUUGUUUCUCAUAGUGGUAUAACAUGUACUCCUGUGUAAGUUAAAUAUAAGACAUUUCUGUCUUAAAUCAGAUUAUUUUGAAUGUGUCUGUGUUAAUCUAUAAUAACAUCCUAUAUGACAACAGGGUAUUUCUUUCUUAUUGUGCCGAUUUUAUUCACCAAACUUUCAACUUGCACAUAAUAAUUGGAUUUGCACACAUUUUUAUAUGAGAUAAAAAAGCAGCAGUGGUGUGCACAGAUGACUGGGGAGGGCGGAGAAAUACAGAUCUGUUAUUAUAUUUCAUGGUUCUAGAGUAAUUAAAUCCAUAUGGUUUUAAUUCCAUUACAAAUCAGAGAUUUGUUCCUAAUUUCCGAUGUCUAGUUUUGUUUGUUCAUAAACCUUUCGUUGCUAGCGGAGCAGAGAUAACAUACCAAAACUGAGUUUUUAUUUUAAAUUAAGACAAAAUGAUAAAACAGCUUCUAGCACUUUGUGUUUGCUAUGAUGGCUGCUUGCAUUACAUAGCUAGCUAGCUAGUUAGCUCUUAUUUCAUCGCUUGGUCAAUUGACUCCGGGUUAGUUCGUUCAUUCAAAAGUCCCAGAUGGUUGUUGUAGCAGCCUGUAUGAACAGUCGAUAUGUCUUGGUAUAAAAUAUGGUUUUCUUUCUAGAAGCUUCUGACGUCACUGAGUUUGUCUGUUAGCUGUAUACUUACUGAUCUGAUAAAUGUCCUUUUUUUAUUUUAUUCCAAGCUAUUCAUCACUCGAAGUUAAUCAAUAUAAAAUUGUACAAUAGCAGUCGAUUUGUCUGUGCAUCUCUUGCUACUAGUUUCCAAUUCAAGACUGACUUAAUAUAUAUUUUUUAAAUCCCUUGACUGAAAAAAAAUCAGUAAGUAAUCAUUUUCAAGGAAUACAUAAGUAUAACUUUUUAGUUUUUCUUUUCCAAAUACUGAAGAAGAAAUGAACAAAUACAAUGGUGGAAAGGGCAAUUUUCAGUAUGGGGAAAAGGUAUAAAUAAAAGGAAUUUGAGAUUGUAAGAGAGGUUUAAAGAUUGAGAUUUAAAGGUGUUUUUGACAAUCACUCAGGUUAAUCAGAGGGCGUGUGGAGGGACUGAAAUGGGCAUCUUGGCCAAUCAGGACGGCACUUUAACUAUGUAGAAAUGUUUGAGGGUUUUAUGGGUUCGGCUUGUAGAAAAAAAGUCAUACAGUUUCAGUCGCCUCUUUAGAGUACUGAGGUCAGCCCAUGCUUCUGUGCUCACCGCUGUGCAAACUGGACAGAGGAAGAAGAAAGUCACAAAUUUUUCACAUUAAAAGUGAACGUUGUAUAAAAGCAGCACCCUGUGAAAGCAGAGUUUAUAUACUUUACAGUUAUCAGACAAGGCCAGUUCCUGUUUUAUUCUCACCAGAGUGGCUUGCCAACACCAGAGAGCUUUGUUACAGAAUAUUAUUCCUCAUAAAUUUAUUUCCUCCCUGACAAUGUCAGUAUGCCUUCAGUGAAACUUAUUUCUCUCCUUUUUUCCGUAUUUUUCUGCGUCUCGCUGUCUGUUUCCGAAGCUAAUGUCUUUGUGUGGUGACCACUUUUAAAGUAUAGAAAUUAUACACAUACAUGUUAUGUAUUUAAAAUCAGAACUAAUGUUGAACAUGGUGUUUUUAGUGUU